AUGCCAACUCAACAUUCACCGACAAGAGGAAGCAGUGAUUCAUCCGGAACGAGCACAGACCUUCUCGGCGGUCUCUUAACACCACCAGGCAUGACCAGCCAGGAUCCAUCACAGGACCUCACGCAACACCCUGUUAUUGGCGCGGCAACUUUGGCCAAGCUUCCACCCUUUUGGAAGGAGAACCCUAUUCUAUGGUUCGCGCAAGUAGAAGCUGCAUUUACCCUAGCAAGAAUUUCUAAUGAAGACACAAGAUUUAGAUAUGUAAUUCUAAAUCUCGAUAAUACUGCUCUACCAUUUGUCUCAGAUAUCGUUGCGAACCCUCCGCCUGUAAAUAAAUAUCAGGCCCUCAAAGAAAGAAUAAUACGCUCUUUUGAUGAAACGGCGGAAUCCAAGUUGAGAAAACUCAUUCGCGGUCGCGAAAUUGGCGACGAAAAACCGUCCAAUUACUUACAAAAACUAAGAAACCUAGCAGGCGGUCAAUGCAAUGACUCAGUCCUGCGCACAUUAUUUCUUGAGCAACUUCCUGAAAAUGUUAGAGCAAUACUAUCAAUAAGCGAAGUCGCAGACCUAACAAUACUUGCUUCACAGGCCGAUAAGAUCUAUGAGAUUUCGAAGCCGACUAUCAAUGCUGUAGCACUCUGCCCAGCAUCUCAAACAACGUCAAGUAAUCCCAUUGACGAGUUAACCAAACGUAUUGACGCAUUAACCAAGGAAGUUCGUGGCAGAAGCAGAUCUCGCCAACGCAACUUUAGAAACAGAUCCAAAUCCAGAGGACGCAGUCAAGAAAAAAACUCUUUUUGCUGGUAUCACCGUCAAUUCAAUGAAAAGGCCAAGAAGUGCGAGCAACCUUGCAGCUACAAGGUAGAAAAGAAACCGGAAAACCAAUAA